GCGUCGAUGUGCAGUAGAUUUGGGGGUAAUUAAAUGUGAGCAGGGUGCAGGGGGGGGCAGGAUGGCGUCUGCGUGCUGCCCUCACUGGCCGUGUCCGUGUGAUCAGCUCCUCAAGUCGGAACACUUGGGAAAGGAAGUGAGCGACGAGCAGGAGGAACUCCCAGACACCGCGUCUUUACCGACAAACAUGGACAUAGCGCUAUUAAAAGAGCAGUACAACUCCAUCAGGGAGAAGCAGAAACGUGAAACCAGGGUGAUUUGUUUUGCGAAAGCAUCAUCUACCAAUGAGGAGAUCUCUGGGAAGUCCUUGGUCAACGUGGUUCCCAUGCGACAGGUCCAACAUGCCCUUGUGAGGCAGGCAUCUGUGAAAGAAACUCAGUUUGACUUUGUCAGGGACCCAGACAAUGCCACGUGGCGCACACACCUAGGAAUGUACCGCAGGACCUGCUCGAUUCGACUGUACAACCACAAGACCAGCAACGGAGACUCAACAUCAACCUCUACAGAUAACACAGUGCACAGUGUGGAGGUCACAGAUUCAAGUGAUCAGUUAUCUGAGCACUGUGAAGGUUAUAACAAUAAACAUCAUCUGUGUAAUGAAGUGCAGGAAGAUUGUGGAUCUGAGGGUUUCAGGAAGUUCUCUGCACCUGCUGUGCUGUCCAGACAGUUGAGCUGUGGGAGCUACCGGUCCACUCAUACCCCUGUGAGCCCGUAUUACCCCUUCCCACAGCUCAAAUGUCCUAAGAAGUCUGAGGCGGCACGCAGGCUUGGGCUUUACUCUUCAUUCUGACAAAUUAGUUUAAAUGCAAAACCAAAACACCAAGGGCUGUGCAAUAUUGCUUUCCUACUUAUUCAUUUACAAUAUUGAUUUCCCUGCAGCAAUAAAGUGGUGAUAGCAGUGAAUUCUGUUUACUUAGUUUCAGCCAUUUUGGUGAAUGCAUCAAAUCAUAGAAAUGUGUUAAGUCCAGGUUUCAUGAGUGAUCUAGAUGUGUCUUUUUUGAAUAUUCUGUAAUACAGUAGUGGCUUAAAAGACCCAGUGUCCAGCAUUUGUAUUGUUUGUAUUGUUAUAUAUACAUUCAUAUUAUUAAUUUUAUUAUUAUUAGAAAAAUUAUAGCACUCUAAAAAGCUGCUCUGUCUGUGUAGUGUGUGAGUCUGUGAGUGUGAUUUACUCAAAUAACUGCACACUUGGUCAGUAUUCUCAUGCUUUAGUUUCAUAAUUAAAGUAAAUGUGGAAUUGUGGAAAAACAGAUGCAAGAGGAGCAUGAAAAAUUACAACACCUUCACCUCCUGUUGUUUUGAAGGGAAAAAAAAGAGAGUUGUAUUUCUUGUAUACUUGUUCAUCACAAUUUUUACAGGUAAAGUUUUUAUUUUUUGCAUUCCUUCCAUCAAGCCUUAGACAUCCUUUAACUGUACACAUGCUGUGAAAAUAAACAUGUUUUACAUAUU